UUCACCAUACAGUCAGUACUGUAAAUGGUCUUUUGUUUGGUUUUGAAAAAAGUGAGAACUUGAAAACUAUAAAAAUGGAAAGAACGUUUAUGUCUGCAUAGAUUUCACACUGCCAUGUGCUGUACUCAGAGUUGCAGAUAAGAACAAACUAUUGAAGUUGAAUAGAGAAAAGUCAGAAAACAGAAGACCCAGCUGUUUGUUUGGAGGGAAAGAGAGGGAUAUUAGUGGAAAAUCUCACACAAGAAGCUUGGGGAACUUCCUUCAAUCUUCUGUAGAUUCAUUUCCUUUUGAUGGGUCUGCAACAAAAUCACCAGACACAGAAAAUUUUGUAACUUUCUGUCCUUCUCUGAAGUGGGUAUUCCUUCCAUAAAUUAUCUGCUACAUUUUUCUGAUCUGAACAUGGUGAAACACACAUUGCUUUGUGUUGCAGUCUUUGUUCCUUGUCUACUAUUUCUACUCACUUGUUCCACAAAUUUUUGGUUCUCUUCUCUGCUUCUCACAAUCCCUAUUUUGAUUAUUCCAACAACAGUUUUUCUAUUCAAACCCACAAAGAAAAAAGUUACUGUGAGUGAAAAUCCAUCUCGAGAUGAGCAAGUCAGUUCCAGACCCAUUUCUUUUCCUGAAGAGAGAAUUGAAGAUGAAAGUCAAGUUUCCCAGGAAAGUGAUGGAGAUGGCAAUAUGCUUGAGUACCAAGUUGACUCACUAGAUUUUCCAUCAGACAGUGAAAGUUCUGAUGAGUUGUUGACAAGUGAAGGCAUUGAGCUCAACUGGGUUGGUUCCAACAAUGUUGGCCAAUUUCUUGCAAUCUCUGAAGAAGAAGAUGAUGGUGAUGAUGAUGAUGGUCUCAUUGAAAUCAAUCUUCCAGGGAAUGAUUUGAUUGAAGGGUACAAGCAAGACUUGGAAGAUUUCUUGCCAGAAUCUGUUUUCCAGCAGCAAGGUCUAAUGGAGCUAUUGGCAGAGCUUAAUAAGGUCACAGAAGAAGAUAACCUUAUUGAAAUUGACCUCUCCAUGGGCUCUAUUAAGUGUCCAAUGUUUGAAGUUGAAGCAUAAGAUAUUCAUGGGCCUUGUUUUGUUUCUUAUAUUAUAUUUUCUUCUAGCAUACACUAGACUAGACAAUCAAAAGACUGAAAUAGUCCUUAAAACAGUUUUUGAUGUCCUUGUGUACUAAAUGAGACAUCCCUGAGUUUAGUCUAUGAUAUGCAAAAGGAUGUUGUUAUUGACACCCCUCCUUAUUUUGUAAACUCUCUUUUUAGAAAGGUCACUAUGACAAAGUUAUCAAUCUUGUCAA